AUGAUCCGCCCGCUCUGGGGUAGCCUACGGGCCGGAGCCCUGAGGCGCGGCAGUGGCGCCCCCGACUGGCCGCCCGGCGAGGGAGUCCUCUCGCCGCCGCCGCCGCGAUCGAAUCACUCGCGCCCUGCCUGGCACCUGCCGCGAGAAGCUGGACUGCGGAGGGCCAAGUUCUCACGGCCCGAGCCUCUCGAGGCCUUGAUCUCUGCAGACGGUGCCCCGAGACCCCCGGGACCCCAGUCCGGGGAGGCUCCGUUUCCGCUGAACCCCUCAGAUACUCCUCCCUCGGCAAGUGGCCGAGGACGCCGAAGCGGUAUUCCUCGCAGCGACGCCCCCCACCCCGAUUCCCUAGAUUGGAUCACGAUGAAAAGAACCCUACAGCGUAGCUCCUCCAAUCAGACGCCACGCGAGGUUCCUCCUCCCACUAUGCGCCUCGGUUCUACAAAGCCUCACUCAUUUAGGGACGGCCCAGGCUUGGGCAUCGCGGAGCUCGGUCUGAAUCCCGGGGGACCCCCUGUCAAGCAGAUACCCCUUCACUCCAACCUGGGGGAGGUCCCGCCCACAGACACCAUCCCAACCCCACCCUGGCCGAAUCCCAGCCCAGCGUCCCCACAGCCCCGGACCAGGUGGUUCAAAUGUCCCCUCGCCACCCCCGCCCCUUCUUCAGUCGCCCCGCGCCCUCCCCCGCGCGCAGCUCACCGCCGCCUCCCGCGGAUCUCCAGUUUUCGACAGCUUCCACGACCGGCUCCUUUAAAACCAGCCUCACCUAACGCUGCCCAACCACUAAGGGCUUUCUUCCCUCAACCUUCCCGCGCCACCCAAUCGCUAGACCCCUUCUUCCGGGUUGGUGAGAAACGAAGUGAAGCCGCUCAACGGCCAUCACCCUUAGGGGCAAGAAGCCAAAUCGGACAGCACCGCCAUGGUAGUUAA